GAAAGCAUGUCUGUCACUUUACUGUUAAUAACUGUUCGUUUUCUUAAGUCCACGCCCUUGCGCAUGCGCACAUAGUACCACCAUGUCUAGACGAUGACAUAAUGGCCGUCCUCAACCAAUGAGAAACAAGAUCGCAAUUUGAUGCAUAUUUUUGAAUCGGACAGAAACGGCUUGACUUGAGAGAGAAUUAACACAGGCAAAGCUGAAGGACAGAGAUUUGAGGAUUUAUGAGAAGUUUGCUGCAAGUUUCAACACAACUGACUUAAUUACUGGGACAUCACGAUGAGGAAGAGUGAGGUGCUCGCAGCCGAGUCUGUGGCUUGCCUGAAUAAAGCUCUCUGCCGCCUGAAGGACAUCUGGGAAGAGAUAGGAAUACCAGAAGACCAAAGACUACAGAGAACCAAUGUGGUCAAGAAUCACAUCAAGGGUUUGUUAGACAUGAUGAUAACAGAGGAGGAGUCUCUUAGGACCAGACUGUUGAGCAGCAUAGAAGCCUGUCACAAACAACUGGAUACGCUGUGCUUGGAACUGCAGCUACCCCCAUUUGAGAUGAGUGGAUGGAGAAAAAAAGGGCUAUUAUGGAAAAGAAGGGAAUGAGGCCAUUCCAGUUUAGAUAAGUAAAUUUUUGAAUUUGAAGAUUUCUUUGGAAAAGUCUUCCAGGGUUGGGGCCAAUUCAGGAUCUAAACUGAAAUUCUCUUUUCAGUUUACUUCCUGAAUACUCUAAAUGUAAAAAGCAAUGUAAAUGUCCCUGGGUACAGAUCUGGGAUCAGUUUCCCCUCCUCAAUACUCACCUUAACCAUUAGUGGGGGAAAUACAGUGUCUAGGGGCAACUUCACCCAAUACCUUUUCUCUCACCAGGAGGAGAGGGGCGUCACCAUGCUGCAGCAGGAGAAGGAGAUCCGGACCCAGGUGGAGAUGUUGGUGAAGGAGCGGACCCAGAGGAUGCAGCAGCUGAAGGCCUUGACGGAGCGCGACCAGGACCUAUGUGACACUCUGUGUUCGGACCCCUACGCCCUCGACCCUAACGCCGUGCCCUCCCUGGAGCAGCUGGACGGCUUCCGCCAGCACAUCGUCAGCCAGACCACAGAGAAGGAGCGGCGCCAUGCUGAGUUUGUGGGCAUCAAGAGGCAGAUCAUCCUGUGCAUGGAUGACCUGGACCAGCUGCCAGAGACCAGCUUCGAGAAGGACAUCAUCUGCGAGGACCAGGAGGCCUUCUGCCUGUCCAAAGACAACAUCGCCUCACUCAAACUCCUCCUCGGCCAACUAGAGGAGAGGAAGGCAGAGAACCAGGCGGUGUGUGAGGCUCACAGGGAGAAGAUCCAGGAGCUGUGGGACAGACUGCAGGUGCCCCAGGAGGAGAGAGAGCUCUUCUCAGAGCACAUGGUCGCCUCCAAGAAGAAGAACCUGGAUGCUUUGGAGGCAGAGGGCAGGCGACUGAUGGAGCUCAAACGACUGAACAUGCGAAACGUUACUGAAGCCAUCCGCUCAGAGAUCGCAGUGCUCUGGGAGAAAUGCUUCUUCAGCAGUGAUCAGCAACAGGCCUUUGUGCCCUACUUUAGCAAUGAUUUUACAGAGCAGCUGUUGGGGCUGCACGAAGCUGAGAUCCUGAGGCUGAAGCAGCACUAUGAAGAACACAAGGAGCUGUUUGAGGGGGUUCAACGCUGGGAGGAGAGCUGGAGACUCUUCCUGGAACUAGAGAAAAAAGCCACAGACCCCUCCAGGUUCACCAACAGAGGAGGGAAUCUGCUGAAAGAGGAGAAACAGAAAGCCGAGCUCCACAAAAGCCUGCCCAAGCUUGAGAAGAAGCUGAAGGCUCAGAUUUAUGUGUGGGAGCAGGAGCAGGCCAGGGAGUUCCUGGUGAAUGGACAGAAGUUCCUGCAGUUUGUAGAGGAGCAGUGGGAGCUGCACCGCAUCGAGAAAGAGAAUGAGAAGCUGGAGAGGCAACUGAAAAAGAGCAAGCAGAUUGAGGUGGAUAUGCUGUAUGGGACAGCUGUCCGGACGCCUACCAAAAGGAGAUUCCUUGGCACAACUACCCCCAGCAAAGCACGAAAGUUCAAUGGAACCACCUCCAGCCUCUCUAGUGCCAACUCUAACAGCACCAUGCGCUCAGCCUAUGGCGGAACUGUCUGCCACUCACCCUCCCGCCCCCCUCUGUCAGUCAACAAGGUCCCAUCGGUACGGACCCCGGGUCGCAGUAAGCCCCCUCUUGCGGGACUGCAGGAGCGCAACAAGGAGAACAUGGGCCAGGUGACCGGACUUGGAGUCCCUCUUCAGAGCGGUGGGUUUAAAACCCUGGCUAGUCCGCAGCGUAACUUCAGCAUUAACUCUGUCGCCAGCACUUAUUCCGAGUUUGCGACAGGCUUAAUCAACACAGUAAUCGAAUCGGUUCAAUCAAGCGAGACCUCUCCAAGGCCACUAACACCAAGAGCAAGCCAGACAUACUGAACUCCACCAUUGCUCACCUUUGACCCCCUGACACCAGACAAUGACGUGGUUGGUUGAUUGACAUCCUGUGUUUGUGUCCCAUCAAGUGACCAGUUGUCAUUUUAAAGUGGAUCAUUAUCCUUUUUCUUUUUUUUUGUCUGCCUUUCUGUAAAUUUAAGGUAAUACUAUAUAUAUGUAUAUAUAUGUGUGUGUGUGUGUGUGUGUGUGUAUAUAUAUGUGUGUGUAUACAUGCAUGCAUACAUACAUUCAUACAAACAUACAGGAUGUCAUUGUAAUAUGUAUGUGUGUGUGUGUGUGUAUACAUGCAUACAUUCAUACAUACAUACGUGUGUGUGAUAUAUAUAUAUAUAUAUAUAUAUAUAUAUAUAUAUAUUAUGUUGUGUAAACUAUGUAAGUGUUCGAAUUAAAAAACCUUAAAGGUUAUGAAAUGUAUCAUAUUGUAACAAACAAUUUUUUUUAAGCACUAAAAUGGCACGGAUGACUAUGUUCCUUGUAUGUAAGAUGGAGCAGACAGUAUUGCCUGCAGUCUCGUGCUCCAGAUGGUUUUGGUGAAAGAGGCUUGGGGUAGCCAGUGUUCCUUCUUCCCUUUAAGCCAGGCUUUCACCAGCUUAUUAGACUCAAAGCAUACCGAUCAUGAAUAUUUUGCACAUGUUUUCUAUUGUAUAUUAAAUCAUUUAUUUUACACUCAUGA